AUGCAUGUGCUUGGUGCCGGAAUGCCUCGCACAGGCACUACAAGCUUACGCGCCGCACUGCAUCAACUUGGCCUACGAGCCUUCCACAUGCAGGACAUCCUGGUAUCCACUGAGCACUCAAAAGCGUGGUUGGAUUAUGUGACAGACCAGAGCACAUUUGAUGAUUUGCUAGAUCAUGUCCUGAAAGCCGGGUUCAAUGCAACCGUUGACGCUCCCUUCAACCAUUUCGUAGAUCAGUUGGUGCAGCGGUUUCCGUCUGCAAAAGUGAUCCUCACCGUGCGUGACAGCAAAGACUGGGCACAAAGCAUGGCCAGCUUUAAUUUCUUCAUGGAGGCCACAAGGCGUCGCCCCUUCAAUUUCUUCGAGCCCUUUCGUACGCUGGAGCUUCUGGCGCAGAGGCUACCCAGGAAAAUCCAAAUGAAGCCGCGCGUCUUUCCCCACCUUGGCGAGAGGGAAGAUGCAUAUCUCGCCCGCAUGCAAGCAGACUGGGUUGCGCAAGUGCGGAAAGUGGUGCCGCAGGAAAAGCUGCUGAUCUUUAAUGUGGCAGAUGGCUGGGACCCUCUUUGCAAUUUUCUGGAGCUACCCUCACCUCAGGGCGAGUUCCCGAAGCUGAAUCAGGGAAGCAAGGUACAAACCCUUGGCUACGUCUUGCAUUUCCUCUGCUGGACCUGGCCGGUGUAUCCA